CCCUCUUCUCUCUCAAAACACGGUGAGGCUACGCCUCAACCACCGCCGGCGCCGCUUCCUCCUCCUCCUUGAACCCUCCAGCCUCCCUCAAGAAUCUAAUUUAUCUUUAAUAUUUAUUUUUAAUUUGAAGAUUUUGGAUUCAUUUUCUAUGGCUUCCACAAAGAAAGUGGUGGAUCGGAUUAAGGGUCCAUGGAGCCCCGAGGAGGACGAAGCGUUACAGAAUCUGGUCAAGACCUACGGCCCGAGAAACUGGUCGCUGAUCAGCAAGUCGAUUCCCGGUAGAUCCGGCAAGUCUUGCCGUCUGCGGUGGUGCAACCAACUCUCUCCGGAGGUGGAGCACCGCCCCUUCAGUCCUGAAGAGGACGACACCAUAAUCCGAGCCCACGCCCGGUUCGGAAACAAGUGGGCUACUAUCGCCCGGCUGCUCAACGGCCGGACCGAUAACGCCAUAAAGAACCACUGGAACUCCACGCUCAAGCGCAAAAGCUCCUCCAUGUCGGAAGAUUUGAGCUCCGACGUCCAGGCCCACCCGCCGCACAAACGAUCCGCCAGCGUCGGCGCUGUUCCGGUUACGGGUCUCUAUUUCAACCCCGGUAGCCCGUCCGGAUCCGAUUUGAGCGAUUCGAGCUUGCCCGGCGGUGUGUCUCCGUCGUCUCAAGUUUUCACCCCCUUUGCGAGACCCAUACCUCCUCCCAUUGCUCUGCCGCCGAUGGAGGCCGUGACAUCAGCUGUAGCCGUUGAUCCGCCCACCUCGCUCAGCCUCUCGCUUCCCGGAUCCGAAUCGUGUGAUGGGUCGAGUCAUAUGGCGUCCGGAUUCGGAACCAAUCCGAUUGUCGGCCCCGCCCAGAUUGUACAGCAAGCGCCAGAGGUAACAGCUCCACCGCGGGCGGUUGGGUUGCCGCCACCGCCGCGUCAGAGCAACCAGAACGGCGAGAUGGGGCACGAUCAGCAGUUUUUCAGCUCGGAGUUCCUGGAUGUGAUGCAGGAGAUGAUCAGGAAGGAGGUGAGGAACUACAUGGCGGGGAUCGAGCAGAAGGGGCUGUGCAUGCACACCGAAGCCAUCCGAAACGCCGUCGUAAAGCGUAUCGGGAUUAGCAGAAUCGAGUAGCGUCAGGAAGGAAGCAGAUAGAAUGACGUAGUAGUCCUAGUGAUGACGAUCAUUAAGAUGAUCGAGAUGAUGAGUCCGAAUCCAAAAGAAAAAGAUUGAACUCUGUUAUUAAAUUUCCGUUUUAUUUUUUGGGUUUUUUUAUAUAAUUAGUGAAAAUAAUUUUGGUAGUGUACAAAGGGACGAACUGCGGAUGUUGAUUAAUGGAGGGCGGAAAUGGUUAGAUGGAAAUUUCAAA